UUCUGGCAUGUGGCGGGGAUUUAGUGCCACUCACAUUUUCUUUCUUUCAAAAAAAAAAAAUAAAAAAAGUACAAAUCUAAUUUGGUUUCUUUUUUUUUGUACCAUGAAUAUCACGCACUAUAACAUACACAUCAAGUGUGAGCAAAGUGUAAAUGUGUGACCAUGACGUGUGUUUUAGUACUGUAUGUUUGGCUGUGACUCAGCAGGGGAGUGAAUCCUGGCAGGCUGUUGGGAUGGGAGUUUUGUAUUUCACAUCUAUUAAUAGUUCUUUCUCUCUGGUUCUCUCCCUUUACCAGUUAACUUACAGCUUUCAACUGACUAUUUCAACUGUUUCAUCCCAGCAUCAUUCCUUCUCAAACAGUGGCUAUAAGAGAGCCGGAUCUGAUGGACAAAGGACAAAUUUAAACACUUCGAUUGAAAAAAAAAAAAUAAUUACAUUACUUUGGAUACCAGUGAGCUAAGAAAGGACACCACCAUUCCAGACUUGUACAGUACCUGCCCCUCUACUGAGCCGCUUGAGAUUCGAAGCCCAUACAUCAGACAUCAUAAAUAUGAAAAUAAAUACCAAAUAGGAGUAUAUCACUGUACAGAAGAUCCUUACAGUGGAAUUAAACACCAUACUUUCACGGGAGUCUGUAUAUCUGAGGCUAUUGCUGUUGGAUCUGGGAGUUUACAGUCAUGUCUCCAUUCCUGAGGAUUGGUUUUUCGAGUUUUGAGAUGGACCCUGGGCUUGCCUACCAUGAAGAAGUACUCAAUCCAUACUGUGCUGUCUACAUGAAAGAGGCUGUGGAGACGGAAAAGGGUCAGAUGUACAAACAGAAGCGGCCCACCAUGUAUCCCCCCUGGAGCAGCACGUUUGACGCUCACGUCCACAGAGGACGAGUAAUGCAUGUGGUGGUCAAGGACAAGACGGCUGAGCUAAAGACGGAGGCUACGGUUCAACUCGACACCCUCGCUUCACGCUGUAAGAAAGAGAAUGGCAAACUGGAGAUCUGGGUGGAACUGAAGCCACAGGGUCGCUUACUCAUGGAAGCGCGGUAUUUUUUGGAGAGGAGUGAUGCUGCGGGUCAUGGUGAAGGAAAUGGAGAAACGGAACAGGAAAAAGAAGGGGUGUUCGCACUUCAUCACAGACGAGGAGCCAUCAAACAGGCUAAAGUUCAUGUGGUCAAAUGUCACGAGUUUACCGCCACCUUUUUCCCUCAGCCGACUUUCUGUUCAGUCUGCAAGGAAUUUGUAUGGGGCCUGAAUAAACAAGGAUAUCAGUGUCGGCAAUGCAAUGCGGCCAUCCAUAAAAAGUGUAUCGACAAAGUCAUCGCCAAAUGCACAGGCUCAGCAGUAAACAGUAAAGAAACCAUGAUCCAUAAGGAACGUUUCAAGAUUGACAUGCCUCACAGGUUUAAAGUGUAUAACUACAUGAGCCCGACAUUCUGUGAGCACUGUGGAACUUUGCUGUGGGGUCUUGCUCGGCAGGGCCUUAAAUGUGAAGAGUGUGGCAUGAACGUUCACCAUAAAUGUCAGAGGAAAGUAGCAAACCUUUGUGGCGUCAACCAGAAGCUAAUGGCAGAGGCCCUGGCUAUGAUCGAGAGCACUCAACAGCAGGCUCGCAGCUCUCGGGAUAGUGAGAUUGCUGGUCGAGAGGGUCCAGUGGGCGUAAGUCAGGCAGGGGUCACUAGAGAUCCUUCAGGCCGGUUACCAACAUCACCCCUCACGCCUGCACCACCUCUACCACGCAAAGAGCAUCAAGGUAUUUCAUGGGACAGUCCGGCUGAGGGCCGCAGGCCGAGUCUUGAACAGUCUGAACCCCUGUACGCCACCCCGCGCAAAGAGCACCACAAAUUCAACCUGGAUAAUUUUAUUCUGCAUAAGAUGCUGGGCAAGGGAAGCUUUGGAAAGGUAUUUCUGGCUGAGCUGAAAGGCGCAGGGCAGUUUUUUGCAGUAAAGGCCCUGAAGAAAGACGUUGUUCUGAUGGAUGAUGAUGUUGAAUGCACUAUGGUGGAGAGGAGAGUGCUGUCUCUGGCCUGGGAACACCCCUUCCUCACACACCUCUACUGCACCUUCCAGACAAAGGAAAAUCUUUUCUUCGUGAUGGAGUACUUAAAUGGGGGCGACUUAAUGUUCCACAUCCAGACCUGCCACAGAUUUGACCUCCCACGGUCCACGUUCUAUGCAGCGGAGAUCGUUUGUGGGCUGCAGUUUCUACAUUCUAAAGGCAUUGUGUACAGAGAUCUUAAGCUGGAUAACAUUUUGCUAGACAUCGAUGGUCACAUCAAGAUUGCAGAUUUUGGCAUGUGUAAAGAGAACAUUUUUGGAGAAGCCAGAACGUGCACCUUCUGUGGAACACCAGAUUACAUCGCUCCUGAGAUUCUGCUUGGGCAGAAAUAUGGGAUUUCUGUAGACUGGUGGUCAUUUGGUGUCCUUCUUUAUGAGAUGUUGAUUGGCCAGUCCCCAUUUCAUGGCCAUGACGAGGAAGAGCUGUUUCAGUCGAUUCGCACAGAUGACCCGUGCUACCCACGCUGGUUAACUAGAGACGCACGGGACAUUCUCGUAAAGCUAUUUGUCCGGGAACCAGAGCGAAGGCUGGGUGUGAAAGGAAAUAUACGACACCAUGCGUUCUUCAGAGAAACGGACUGGAUCGCACUAGAGAAACGGCAGGUGGAGCCGCCCUUCAGGCCUACAGUGAAAUCAGCAAGUGACUGUAGUAACUUCGAUAAGGAGUUCAUAAACGAGAAGCCUCGACUUUCCGUCACAGACUGUAUCAUGAUCAACAGUGUGGACCAGACCAUGUUCAACAACUUCUCCUUCAUCAACCCCGCCAUGAUCCAUCUCAAGAGCCCCUGACUCACAAACAAACAAAAGACACUUGUGCAAAUGCUGUGAAAAAAAGGCCAAACCAAAAGGCAAACACUCACCUGAAUAACAUAUCAGCCUCUAGUCAACCUAAAUUAAUGCUAUGGUUAGUAGAUUAAAGACACAGUUGUGUCAAAUUAUAUAAUAUAAUAUAAGAUCUAUAUCGUUAUUAUGAUACUAUUUGGUGCCUCCUUGACUUCUUGUGAGGUACAAUGCAAAAAAAACAUAUGAACUAGCAAAAGAAAAAUGUGUUGGUUCUCAAAAACUAACAUAAAUAAGAAGGUAAUAAUUAGUAACAUAUUGUAUUGCCUAAUUCAAUUUUCUUCUUCAAUUUCCAAAUGUACUUAAAACAGAAUCAAAAGUGGUCAUUUUUGAACAGUUGAAGUGAAUGAGGCUUGUCGCCUCCUACUGGUUAAAUGAUAUAACGGGAAAAUCCCCACCACUACUGCUUAAAUGUACAGACUUGUAGAAUUGUAAUCCUUUUAUUUUAAAUGAACGAGCGAAAUAAAGUGCUUGGAGUAUCUUCAGUGUGUCAAAAAUAGAAAUGUAGACAUAAUUAAAUGUGAGAGUUAAAGACUGAAAUAAUUUAAAGAUUAGAAAAGAUUUAAAAAAAUUAAUUCGCAGGCCAGUUUGAGGGAGAUUUCAUAUAUAUAUAUGAAAAUAGUGGUUAAUUUGAUAUUUGAAUUUGUACUUAAUCUCAUAUUGUGAUGAUUUCUAUGGUAUUGGUUUGAAAAGUAUUAUUAUACCAAUAUACUUGUUUGUUUGUGCAUCAUGAAAUUUAUUAUGUGUUUUAUUCGAAUGAAUAUGCUGUGAUGUCCGUAUCUUUAAUAAUCAUCUAUUUUAUUAUGUGUUCCGUACUGAAUUCUAAAGGCAUUGUAUAGAGGAGUGAAUAGUGGCAAAAUAUCAUUGUGUAGCAAACUUUAAGUUACUGCUCGGUUAGGUUCGUGUGUUCUUGGAUUGUACAAAGUUAUAUAUGAAUUCUUGGAAAUUAAUUUGUGGUGCAAAAACUGAAUAUAUUUAGAGACAUAGGUUCUUUAUUACAAAAUUAUGUUUUCUGUAUAGUCAGCAUUAUAAUUUCUUUUGAGACAUCUAGAAAUGAUUACUUAUUAUAUGAUCCUGUCUUGUAUGAUCCUGUCUUACAUGUAUGGUUAUUUUACAGAGCAUGAAAAAUUUAAACCUUGAAUAAAUUAAAAUGUGCUACAGCAAAGCCAUAAACA